CAGGAAAACAUUGGUAGUUAAGGGACGGUCGCAAACACCAACACAAACCCUCACUAUAAACGAACAACACAUUUGACAACGCGGUGGAAAAACGAGCCUUUUGUCCUAGGGCAGAACAGUACGCUUCCGUCCUAUCAACGACACCUGCCAAAAGCAAAGCGCUCAACAGAUUGGCAAAGGUUUGACAUCCAGCUAUUUUCUAGAGCCCGAAACCACCAGCAACCGAGCGGCGAUGCCCAUUUUUCAGAAGAAAUUCGCACCCAAAGUGGCGCCACCGCGUACCCAGCGUCUGAACAUUGGCUGCCCACCGCCGGCCGAAGAUUUGGACGACUUUCGCACCAUCACACUCAACCUGGUCGAUAAGCAGCUCUGCUUCGUUGAUGGUGUCUGGCUGAACGGGCUGAAGCCGGGGCCGGGUAGCUCUGUAGCAUCCGGUUCCGGCGUCAACGUGACGGACGAUUUGCUGCGCAUGAAGCGGCGAAUGAAAGCGCUUGAGCAGGAAAACAACAUGCUGCAGGUUAAGCUGGACGUGUUAGUUGAUCUACUGACAGAAAAUGUGAUUGAGCUAAAUGAAAUGAAAAAUCAAUAGAUAGCAGUACUAAUUAAAUAACAAUAGAGUAUAUUUUGUUGACGGGAAAACCGUCAGCAAUAUCGAUUUUAUUAGAAAAUAAAAUAAUUCAUUCAUAUUUAUGUUCACUUUAAUGUUCCCUUUAG